AUGGUUCAGUCUCUCAUUCAUAUUCCAGACGAGAUCCUGAGUUCAAUCCUGCGCGAUUCCCCUCCCCAGACCUGUGCCGCCCUCGAACAAACCCACUCUCGAUUUCGAAAUGUGACGAACGAGCCUUUACUAUGGCGUUACUAUUGUGAAUCACACUACAGGUUCUGGGAUAGGCAACAUGAUAUGUCCCACAAGCUUAAAUGUCCAGUCUCAUCUGUUGAUUGGAAAACGCUUUUCGUGUCCAAGUAUCAAGUCGAUUGCUCGGUCACUAGACUUCUCGGAAGCAUCCUCGCUAGCCAAACGGGCCGCAUUGAAAAGUUUCGCUCUGUGAUAGAUCUGGGGUACGAUGCCAAAGACACUCUCUUGCGGCAUAGCCUGGUGGCAUCCGGGGAUGAUCAUCUGGCCAGAAGGUGGGCUACUGAUUCUGUGUAUUAUGCCCGCGCACUUUUGACCUGUCUCCAUCGCAGCAUUGCAGUGCCGGAGUGGGCGAAACUCAGACGCGGGGAGCCGGUGUCGCUCGACCGGGCCCUGGGCUGCUUUGAUCUCUUCAUUCCUGAGAGCGGGUAUGGAGACUUGAACGAUAUACGAGGCUCCCUUGCUAGAAUUCUUGACCGCUUCGUCGCAGAUAAUCUAGACCUUCAUCUCACUCCUCGCCAGAAAGCGCUGGCUAUUGCAUCCUGGCUUGGGUCGAACGGUCUUACAGGCAUCGACCCAGAGCGGGAAUAUCAUCAUUUGGAGCACAAUUUCCUGGGACUGGCUCUUAAGAAUAUUGAGCACAACUCUCUGCCGUUGAUAUCGGCUGCGAUAUAUUGUUUUGUUGCACAGGGAGUGGGCCUCAAUGCUCAUCCUUGCGGGUUCCCUUUCCAUGUCCAUGUCAUAGUCACCCCCGCAGCAGGAUUUGACAUGGACGGGCGUCCGUUGUCUAACAUGGAUCAGGCGCAGCCUAUGUACUUGGAUCCAUUCCGAGGCGCACGAGAAACUUCCGUUUCGGAUUUGCGCAAUCAACUCAGUUUCCUCGGAAUGUCCAACUCGGACCAAUCCGCCGCUCUUGGCGAGUCUCUGACGUCGUCAAUUGUCUUGCGCUGCGGCAAGAACAUUCUGAACUCUGUCCGUAUCGCAUCUCAGAGUCCAAAUUUGUAUUCCACUUCAGUAGAUGCCGUGAGUGCAAGAUAUGCUGCUCUUUGGUCGGUGAUGCUCCUAUCAAGCGAUUCCAGACCCAUGGACCUUCGUCAUCAAUUACCAUGGCUGAUGGAGCUUUUCGCUACUGAUUUCCCUUCGGACGUAUUCCUCAUCGAACAAUACAUUGCUCCUCUGUUUCACGGCUUGUUUGAGCAUGAGCAUAUCUUAGAAAGCCUCCACGUGAUGAGAGCAGUGGAUGAAAUACCAAAGCAAAUUCAUACUCGCACUGGUACUAACGCAAAUAUUCGAUAUACUGUGGGUCAGGUUUUUCGUCACCGUCGCUAUCAAUACAUGGCUAUCAUCACCGGCUGGGAUUCCGAAUGUGGCGCAGGUGAACAGUGGAUGAUGAGGAUGGGCAUUGACCGAUUACAGGCUGGCAGGCACCAAAGCUUCUACCAUGUUCUCGUGGAGGAUCGGAGUGUUCGAUAUGUGGCCGAGGAAAACAUUGAACCUAUUAAGCCGAGCCUGGCAGAACUGCCGCGGGGUCUGACUGCCAUUGCGGGCAAGCAUUUCAAGCGAUGGGAUGAAAUGCGAAAGGUUUUUAUAAGUAAUGUGAAGGACGAGUAUCCAGACGACUAA